AUGUCCGCCCAACCCCGCAAAGCAUCCGGUCAAUACCACCUCACAGGCUCCGACAUCGUCGAGUCAAUCGAUGAUCUGGGAUCCACGGGCCAGUGGGAGGAUUUGAACCGUCGGGCGCAUCAGGCAACCGAGCAGUCGGCUUCGGCGGGACAGCAGGGAACUGGGAGUCAUCGCGCGCCGGAUAGGAAUCAGUCAUUUAGGCUGUAUCAGGAGAAUAAAGGUGCUGAGGAAGAUUUGCUUCAUCCGGAUGAGUGAUUGAUGUUCUGUGUUCGGGGUGAGUGGGAUGUUUGAUUGGAUGAGGCUGAGUAAUUAUUGUAAAUCUUAAUGAUCUUGGAUAUGAUGAGUGUUAAUGGAUUCAUUUUUUGUUUUGGAUGUUGGUGAUACCGACGGAACCGGUUAUAUAUAUUAAUGGGAUAUGGGUAGAGGUUGAGCAUUAAAGGAUGAGGGAUGUAUAUUAUCUGAUAAGGAAGCCGUAGGGUAAAUGAGAUGCUUAGGAAGGAAGAUUAUCACAGUAUCAAGUCAAAUACAGCUCGUUUGGAGUCAUCCAGAGGGAUAAAAAUCUCAC